ACCAAGUGGCUACUUACAAGAAAUUAUUGGUCUUUCCAGCACGUACUGAGAGAUACUUGCGCAUUAUAGUCAAUUUAAUUAAGAAAAAACGCACACGCAAGACCAAGAACGUGCUGCUGCAUUAAAUUUUAUAGGUACUUCUUGUUAAAAGCAAAUGUCGGAUCCAUCAUCUUCCCGUGGAGGUGGAGGAUCUUCCUCGUCUGACUCAUCUUCCGUGUGGACAGCAGGAGCUGGCGGAGGGUCCGAUUUCUCACGGCCACCACUGGACGACUCUCCGACGUACAGUCACCGCGAUGGAGAUUAUGACCGGUAUCAUGGUACCGGAGGAGGAGGAGGAAGCUCUUCGAGCACGUCUCCAGCUCAUGGUACCAGAGCAGGAGGAGGAGGACCUGACAGUAGACCACCUGGAGGACAACCCCGAUCCGCGCCUUUUGGCCUAGGCUUGACGGAAAUGCCGACUAGAGAACGUGUAAUGAAAAUUGAGCAGCAACGGAAGUUGUUAUUGCAAGAGGGGACCUACGAGGAUGCACAGGGCCGCUAUCUCCGACUAUACCACAGACCUUCAGCUAAUUAAGGCAACAAGUAGAAAAAUUAAAAUUCUCCAAAGUUUAAUUCAGGAUAUUUCCUCUGCUGCUCUAUCUCUAAUCUCCCAGCAACACAAACACUCCUGCACCGCCUCCCCCCGUCAUGAUAGGAGGACAAGGAGGAGACCCACGACAAGACAGUAUAGCCCAGUACGAACAACAGAGGAAUUUGCGAGCUCUUUUUGCAGUAGAGAGUGCGAGAUUGCCACCGCUACUCGAAGACAAUCCCAUUGCAUGCGUCACUGGCGGAAUAUUAAGACUUCUGGAAAUCCAUCUUCAGAAGCAUUUUGGGCCGCCUUGUGAGGGGAAAACGGGUCCAGGAUGACUUUCAAGAUAGGUAAUUCCCGGAAGGUCUAAGAGUAGUGCCUUCACUUAUGAUCGGUCUUGGGGCAUCAGUCUUUACACCGCCACAUCCGAGACGGGCGAUACAGGGAGCGGCGAGGUACCUGACUACUUAUUUUGCAGAAAAUAUACUUUUAGGCACUGAACGAGGACAUCAUGAAAAAGAAGGUUACCUCGAAGAAUUUUUAGGCACUGAAGAACGAGGACAUCAUGAACAAGAAGGUUACCUCAAAGAUUGGGAUUUUCUUCAGCUCUACUUCAUCGAGAUCAAAGAUCAUACGCAUACCACCUCCCCCUUACCAGAUUCUACAAUUACGCCGGUUGUUGGUAUGCUUACAGUCUUCUGCAGUGUCCGUACAGGCUUUUGCGUGCCAACGAUGUCCUCAGAGUGGACAGUAUGAUCGACCACAUGGUUGCAGGUGGCACGGUAGGGGCUCUUGCAGUACAGAACAACCGACUCUCCAUACCUGUCAUGAAGGAAGUAGAUGUCAAACUCCUGCUUCAGCGGUAUCCAAAAUUGUCAAGAGGACAAGUUGCUUUUUUCGUAUAUGGCCAUUGUGCGGCGUUUGCACAUGCAAUAUCGCUGUUUUUGAGUGGGACGUUUCGACACUAGGAGGUAGAGUUGUUGAUGUUGUAACGUUAUCCGAUGUAGUUGCUCUUGCUUAAUAAGAAACUACAGUGAAAAACUAGAACUAG